AUGGCGCCAGAAUCAAAGUCACUGACCCAAAAAGUCGCAUUGGGAUCGCCUUAUCAGUUAGACAAGAACCAGAGUCUGAAAGCUUCCUCCGCCCUUUUGAAGAACAUCUUGCGAUCAGCGCAGACAAAAGACGUCUCCGCUCAAAAGAGAAAUCUACUUGCAGACGACUCAACAGACUCAGCAGAUGCUGAGACAGUAUGGCUUGUGCUGACUACCAAGAAAAAUAUCGUACCUCAACCUCGACUCAAGCCUGGAAAAAUUUUACUACCUCACUCCCUGAAUAUUGCCAGAAAGCCGUCGAUAUGUCUCUUAACUCCUGAUCCUCAACGACAGUAUAAGGAUCUUGUCGCACACUCGUCAUUCCCACCUGAAUUGGCAACAUGCAUCAACCGCGUCAUUGGUCUUGAAAAAUUGAAAAAGAAAUAUCAUUCAUACGAGUCACAGCGACAGCUACGUGACAGCCAUGACAUUUUCCUUGCCGACGAUAAAAUCAUCACAUAUUUAUCCAAGACCAUAGGUAAAACAUUUUACAAGACGGCUGCGAAGAGACCCUUUCCCGUGCGUCUAGCGGAAGAAAAGCAGAAGUCGAAUAAGAAACAACUUGCCCUUCCGAGUACAAAGGCAAAGAAAGAAAGUGGGGAAUCUAAGCUUGUUAAAACACCACAAGCUGUAGCGAAAGAAGUAGAGCGUACACUCUCUAUGACCCCUAUUUAUCUUUCACCAUCGGCUACCACGUCUAUACGUGUGGGACUCUCGUCACAGUCACCGCAGGAACUCGCCGAAAAUAUCGAAGCGAUAGUCUCUGGGGUAACAGAAAAGUACGUGCCCCGACAAUGGAGGGGUGUGAAAUCAAUUCACAUCAAAGGAGCAAACACAAUGGCCAUUCCAAUUUGGCUGGCGGAUGAGCUAUGGGAAGACGAUGCCAAGGUUUUAGGAGACGUUGAGGCCGAAGAAAAGAAAGCCAGAGCAUUGCACAAGGCGAAGAAGAAGAGGGCCCUUGAGAACGGUGGUCUAUUGGCAGAAGAUGUUCAAAAUCCAGAGACAGGAAAGCGAAAAGCAAAAGACUCGGUGGAGGAAGGCCUCAAAAGUAAGAGAUCUAAGGGUGAUGAAGAUGGUCUCAGCCAGGAGAUGAAAGAGAGGCGAGAGAAGUUGAGACAACAAAAGAAGGAGCUCAAGGUAGCCAUGGAAAGGACGGGUUCCAGUGUGAAACCAGGGGGAAUUGUCAAAGCAAUGUCAUAA